AUGGGGGUGUUUCACCUCUCUCUCUCUCUCUCUCUCUCUCUCUCUCUCUCUCUCUCUCUCUCUCUCUCUCUCUCUGCACCCCCAUCUCUCUCCCUUUCUUUCUCUCUUACAUUUUUCUGCCUCGAUAAUGACCACAGCUUCUAUUUAGGGCCCUUUAUUCUGUUAUCACCAUUAUUUUUUAACUCUCUCGCUGUUUCUUUUUCAUUUUUCUAUAUCUCUCCACUCACUACCUCUUCCACCGUUUAUCUAUCUAUCUAUCUAUCUAUCUAUCUAUCUAUCUAUCUAUCUAUCUAUCUAAUACGUCCAUUAUCUAUCUAUCUAUCUAUCUAUCUAUCUAUCUAUCUAUCUAUCUAUCUCAAUCUUACCAUUUUUUUUAUCGUUUUCAAUCUACUAAAAAAAAACAACGUUAAUCAUUCAUUGAAACAAUUUUUCUAUCUAUCUCUCUGUCUGUCUAUCUCACUUUCUCUCUCCCUCUUUCGUUUUCUGUUUGUUCUCUUCCUUCCUUCUCUAUCACAUAUUCUUUCCCUCUCUUUUAAUCAGCUUUCUUCCACUUACUCUACGUUCAACCCCUUUAAAAUAUCUUCCUAA